GUGGUCAGAGGAAAGACUUUCAUGCUUUGGCGUACACACAAUUAGGAUGUUAAAAGAAAAAAGUAGCGUUGAAAGAUAUCUUUUACCUUUUUACUAUAAGUUUUAUUUAAAUUUCUACUGAACUUGUUCGAUCAUUACGCGGUUAAUACUAAAAUAGAGUGCUGAAAUAUGAUUUUUCUUAUUGUCUGUCUUUCGCUUUACUUAUCCACUUGUGAAGCCACUAAUAAAGACUUCAUUGUCGUUCCAGUGUCGACAAGUCCUGUGGUUCAGCUUUGGCUAUUACCUGAAUUCCCAAAUGCCUUGUAUGAAUCAAAGAAACAAAUUUACUCUCGAGUUACAGUAAACGACGUUGCAAAAAGCAUAGGGGAAAAUCUCACCGAAACUAUCAGGAAAUCAGUUAAAACUCUGUUUCGAAUGGCUGCUGCAGCUCAAGUCUCGGAAACCUUAAAAAUAGAGCAAAUGAGUGAAAGCAAAUGGUCGUAUCGUAUUCCUGUGUCAAAAUUGCUCGAGUCUAAUCAAAGCAUUAACAACCUAACUGAGAACACAGAAAUCUUUAAAAUACAAGAGGUGGCAAUGAAGGUUCUGAGCAAGAAAUACGGAUUCGAUACGAAUUUUAUCCUGAAAAAGCUUUGUUUGAGUUUAAUGGAUUUUUAUGCUGCGGAUGAAGAGCAAUGGAUUAAAAUUGUUGGUAUGAUCACUAAAAUUGUCAUCCGAAAUAUAACGAACAAACUGAACUUGACACCAUGUUACCUUGCUGAACUUAUAGGAAAAACGGAAAAAGAAAUGGAAGCAUUUACAUUGAAUGAUAUUGACAAAUAUUUAAACAGUACUAAGUUGAUUAAGAAAUUGUCAUUGUAUAAGGAAAAUACAAUGCAUAACUUUUAUGAAGAAGUCCAAAUUACGCCCAUUCAAAUAGCUGGAUUGAGCAACAAGAGCGUUACAGAAAUAAAAAAUCUAGGAGUCAAAGACAGUAUUCAACAUUUUACCAAAACCGUUUUAGGCAGCUUAAAUCUUUCUAAAGAACAUUUGAAACGUUUUGAAAACAAAACAGUUUGUCCUCAUCAGUGGGAGUCAUAUAAAAAGUUAAUGAUCAUUAGAGCAUUUGACAACAAAGCAAAGGAAAUGUCAAUCUUACCUAAAUCACUAGCAAAAGCAAUGAGAAUUUCAUACCGUAGUAUACGACAACUUCCAUUACUGGAAAUGAUACAACUUAUUAACGGAACUAUCAACCAAUUACAACAAGACAAACAAAAGAUUGAAAAGUUAACGUUGUCCACGUUAAAGGAAAUGUACAGUGAUAAUGUUCUCAAUAUUAAAAAGCACAACUCGUUGUCUAUUAUUAAACAUGUUACUCAUUUGAGAAAACGACAAUUAAGAUUCUUUUACGGAUGGAAAAAAAAUGAUCAUAAUUUUGAAAGAUUGUUUACCGUAAAAGAUCUUGGAAAUGAGUGCUCUUUUGAUAUUAACAAGAAAACAUUAAGUUCGUUGGCCAAAUUGAACGUCGGUGAAAGAAGCAAAAAGAUAAAUUGUACUAAGUUUCACGUGUUGAAAAUGGUAUGGAAUCAAGCAAGUCUUGAUGAUUUGGCCAAAUUAUAUUCACCCAAAAAAACCAUCGCAAUAGAUGAGCCUCUUGCUUCAGUAAUGGCAAACUUAACAAAUUCAUCAUUGCAUUUGAAUACAAGAGUAUUGAGUCGUGAUGCAAUCACUCAAUGGUUAUUGGAAAAGCUUACACUGACUAAUAUCUCACAUUUAACCAGUUACACUCUGAUCAACUUGCAAGAAAUUCCAAUAACAAGAAUCGCUUUUCUCAUCAGUCAACUGAUAAUUAAUGGUUCACUUGAUAAACUAUUACAGGUCUACCAAGCUACUAACUACCCUACAGCCACCACUACGGAUAUCAAAAACCCAAAUUACAAGUUAGAAGAAGUCACAUCUGAUGCCUUGGAUUAUAAAAAACCAACAGUCCAUCAACUGGUAAUCCAUGAAUCAGUUGAUCAAAAAGUGAAGGUCUACAACACCACCAACUACUCUACGGCUACCACCACAAUUAUGAAGCCCACAAAUUAUCGAUUUGAGGAAGUUGCUUCUAACGCUUUUAAUUAUAAAAAACCAACAGCCCGUCCACGGUCAUUCGCAAAAAAUCACCGAUCAGAUCCUGCGAUACGAAUGAUAUCCUUGCUGAUUGUUUCAUGGCUUUGUACCUGACUUUAAGUUAAUUAUACAAUUAUUAAAGGUUAUAUUAAAGAAUAAUAUUCAUAUUUUAUCUUAUUCUUGUAGUUAAACUAAUACAUAGCUAUUACUAGAUCAGCGAAUUACUUUAAUCAAAUAACUCCAUGUAUUAUCAUAUAUUUUAUUGUAAGCUGCUUGGUAAUUCAUAGCUGCCAUGCUGGAUGAUUUUAACAAAGGAUUUUCCUUAUUUACAAUUCCAAUUCAUGCAACAUGGCCAGCAUUCCAUUAUUUUCUUAUUCUAAGGGCAAUGGUUACCCACCACAAAUAUAACAAACCCAUUCUGCAAUAAA